AUGAAAUUCGGUGGUGCGCUGUCAGACAAAAUCCUCCGCUGGUUCCACUAUGAUGAGACGGCUGCGAACGCGCAGCGUAUUCUAGAUGAUGUCACUCGGGUUGCAUUUGUGAUGUCGCACUUGAAGGGUCGUGCCGAAGACUCGGUGUUUUUCAAACACCUCAAGGACCCUUUUUGCUUCUCCCCCCUCGAUGAACUCACGCAUGAAAUGAAGACCACGUUCCUGCCCCCCAAUGGCGACUUUCGCUGUCGCACCAAGUAUCUUGAAUGCAAACAAGAAAAGCGUUCCCUCCAAGGGUACAUCCACGACCUUCGCGUUUUGGCAGCGAACAAUCGAUCCCUGAAGUGA